CGGUGCCACAGGGCUGCCCCUGCUCAGCUGUCGCUGUCUGUGACGCCCCUGUGACGCUCCUGCUCGGCUCAGCCCUGCCACCAGCACCAGUGCUUGCAGUGCCUGCAGUCCCCACGCAUGGACCUGUGCCACGUCCCUGCCACCCGGGAGAAGGGCUGGUACCUGGCACUGAUGGCUCCCAACGUCAAAGGUCCCAACUAUGCCUGGCUGGACCCGUCCCGGCUCUACUGCCACCCGCAAGGCCUGCAGGACUGCGUGGCCGACCUGCUGCAGCCCUUCCAGGGAGAUGCCAUAGACAUGGUGGCCGGCGUCGACGCCAUGGGCUUCAUCCUGGGCGCUGCAGCCGCUGCCACCCUGCAGAAAGGCUUCCUGGCCAUCCGCAAGGCCGGGCACCUGUGCGUGCACACGGAGGCUCAGCCCUACAGCGACUACUCGGGCCGGCAGAAGCUGAUGGAGAUCCGCACCGAUGCCAUCACACCAGGCCUGCGCAUCCUCCUGGUGGAUCAGUGGGUUGAAACUGGGGGCACCAUGAGAGCGGCCAUCGAACUGGUGGAGCGGCUGGGGGGGGUCGUGGCAGGGGUCGCUGCCAUCUGCAUGGAGAGCAGCGAGGGAGGGAAGUGGAUCCAGGAGCGCUACAAGUGCUCCCACUGCGUCCCCCCACGCCUGCAGCCCCGCUUCGACCAGCACCAGCUGGGCUGGGAGUGACGUGGCGGCGUCACCUCGUGUGUCCCCCUGAGAGGGACACAUCCCCCCUGGCUCUGCAGGACCGGGAUGCUCCUCGGUGGCAAUGGAACUCGUCCUCAGUGGCAAUGGAACUCGUCCUCAGUGGCAGCCAUCCACCCGCCUGCUUGCCUGUGAGCCUGGGGGCUGCACCCGGGGACAGGGACACCCACAGCCACCCCCAGCCCCCUGCCCCCA